AUGCGCUCAAAAGGGUAUGUGGAACUAAAACAGAAACUCUCAGAGGCUGCUGCCGCACGGCGUGAGGCAGCCAUAUACGAGCAUCAUAUGAAAGGAACAGAUUCAGAAGAAGUAAAGUCAGUGUCGUGGCCGGAGCGUGUGGUAGAGAAUGAACUAAACCGUCCAGAGGAUGUCCUGGACCGAGGCGUGUGUGGGUGCGCUGGUUGUGGUGUGAUUGUCUACUGUUCCAGGGAUUGCUGGCAGGAGUAUCGCGAGGUCCAUAAAACGACAGGUGCCUGUCAAACAUUGCGUGGCGUGUACCCGUCACUCAUGAAGGCAUUCAUGACGCGGGGAGGAAAAAAUCCAAAGUCAGCAGCAGCAAAGCAAAGCUUGCUGGACUCGUGGAGUGUAAAGCAGUGGCUUCGACGGACGAGCGAGGAGACGGCGUGGGAUAUUCAAUUAUUGCUACUGGCGGCGUUGGUGAUGGCGCGGUGCGCGAAGGAAGGGUUCGCCAGCCAUAUGGCAGAAGAGUUGACAGCUUCGCCUGACACAGUGAACGUUGGGGGUAUUGGAGAGACGACAGAAGAGGCUGGGUGCUCCAUUACCAGCGAACUUGUUACAGAGUCGAUAAGAGAGGACAAGGGACCAUCGAGUCGCAGUGCGACCACUGGAACAGCAGAAUCAUUACCAGUAGCAGUAUCAAUUGCCACAGACUCUGCUAUGCCCAAAGAAAUGGAGACAAUUCGUGCGAGACGCCUGCGUUGUGGUACCGCGCUGGAGAUAUUGGAUGCAAAGGCGGUUGAGCAUGAGCGUGACGCCGAUGCACCAGCACCAGCACCCUCACAGUUGUACGUUGUCUUAAAGGACCGUGCAGUUCUGAGAGUGAGUAAUGCUAAGGAGGCAACUAACGCCAUUCGAGAUCCGUGUUGGACUGAUGUUGCUCGCCUCGUCACGAACCUCUCCGUGCUAAAUAAAGACUCACGGAGUAGCUUCCGCAGCUACUACCGUCGUUUUAACGAGCUUGUCCUCCCCUGGAUCUGUGGUGGUGGAGAAACUGACACUAUAUUUAGUGUUACAGCCGAUUUUUUUGAUCGACUGGGUGCUGCGUCUCAGUGUAACAGCUUCGGCCUCUUUGACGCGAAGGAUAUUCGUAUCGGUGUCACGCUCUACCCUGAGGCUUCAUACUUCAACCACAGCUGCUUCCCAAACCUCUGUCGCGUCACCUCUCGUGGAUGCCUCGCCGCUUUUUACGCCCUUAGAGCCAUUCGGAAGGGAGAGCCACUCACAAUAUGUUACGUGGACAUUCAGGAGGCAUCGACGGCAGAGCGUCGCCGCAAUCUGCUGAGGUCGUACCGCUUUUUCUGUCAGUGCGGGCGUUGCCGCGGAACCACAGCCCCCACCACUACCAGUAUCACCACCAGCAGCAACAGCAGCACACUCAUGGAUAUACCGCUGUGCGACGCUUGUGACGCACACGGCUACAUGUGCCCUGUGCCACCAGAAGCGAGUUUGUGCUGGGGAAUGGAUGAGGUGCAGGAAAGAGAGUGUACAGUGUGCCACCGCCGUGUGCGGUGGAUACAUAAGUAG